AUGGCAUUUUCUGCAAAAUGGCAGCGAAACAUUGACGACUUCAGCCGAUGCGAACCGGCACACGGUGAUCCAAAAAAAGAGAUCCUUAGAAGUCGACAGAAGUUCUUGGCAAAUUUGCGCGCUUUUAUCAUUUUCAUAACGUUGAUUUUUGUGCAAAUAAUACAUUCGAUAUUUUCGUUGGUGAGGGUUUGGGGCGAUAUGGUGGCAAUAAUAGAUAAUUUGCAAAUCACGUUACCUUUUUCGAUCUGUGCGACAAAAAUCAUCAUCAUGUGGCUUCGUAAAGAAUAUCUCGAAUCAAUCGUAAGCAUGUUGGUGGCCGAUUGGUUUAAAACGAAGACGGAGGAGGAACGCGACAUCAUGAUAAGAAAGUCGAGAAUUGCAAGAACGCUCAUCAUAUUCGGCUGCAUCAUGAUGAUCUUAGCGAUAUUUAUUCUCAUCAUCCCGCCGUGUUUCGGUUACUACAUGAGAUACCUGACAAAUAUAACGGAUCCGGAAAAACCGUUGUUAUUGCAAACGUAUUAUUUGCGAGACAUGUCGGUGAGCCCGUAUUUCGAGAUCGCGUUCGUCGCUCAAGCUAUGGCCAUCAUACUGGGUGCGUUCACUUACACAGGUAUCGAUAAUUUUCUGGGACUGCUCGUCUUUCAUAUCUGCGCCCAAAUGGAGAUCCUCAGAAACCGAUUGCUUAAUAUAAAUGGAUAAAAUUUCAACGUUGGAUUGUCGAUGAGUGUCCGGAAUUACAUACGUCUUAUCAGGUCCGUCGAUAUUAUUGACAAAACAUUCAAUUUAAUGCUCCUGGCAUUGUUAGUGUAUUUCGGUAUAUUGUUUUGUCUUCAAGGCUUUCUGAUCAUUAGUAUGAUUGAUGAUGGUGACACCGUUUCCUUCAUGCGAAUAUGUUGGCUCGUAUCAGUACUCAUUAAUACUUUCGUUCAUAUGUGCGUUUAUUGCGUGGUCGGUGAAAUUCUCAUUGAAAAAUGUGCGGCUUAUGAAUAUGCAUGGUAUACGCUAAAACCGAAUGAGGCUAGAAGCCUGAUGCUGAUAAUGAUUCGCGCUGAAAGGCCUCUCUAUAUUACCGCUGGAAAAAUAUUUCCAUUAUCCUUGUUUUGUAGCUUAAUCAAGACGUCAGCUGGUUAUAUAUCCGUACUGCUUGCUAAUCGAUGA